AUGUAUGAGCUGGUGCGAACGUCCUGCCGUUGUUCAGUUCCAGGCGGCAGCGGCGCACCUGAUCCGCCGUCGCCGCCGGGUGGUUAUCCGUCCAGUCAUCGUCAGUCGCACAGUUCCGUUCAGAAAGAGGGGGCGGACGAGCGAGUGAACGAACACCCGCCUGUGGUCAACUGGACGCAGAGCGACGGCAACACAUACAAGGUCAUUGGCUUCGCGAUCAGACAGUACCUCUUGGUUGACCUGAGCCACUCUCACCGCAUACCUAGCUUCUAA